GGCUGCUUUGGGGCGGCCCGGGGACCGCGGAAGAGGCUCCCCGGGGCGGCCGCGAUGCCCAGCUCGCGGCGGGUCAGUCAGCUCCUGGAUCUGAUACAGGUGUUACAUGGAUGAGAAGAUUGAUGAUAUUUGGAAGACUUACAAAAAGACAACAUGAGGAGCUCCACAUUUGCUCCCUCGUUAAGUAAGAAUAAAAGUUGAAAAUUAUAAAAGACAACAAACUGCUUAAAGUCUCUGGAAAUCUUCCUAAGGGCAUACAGCAAAUGAAAAAACAUUCAUUCAAUAUAAUCUUUUAAAACUCAAGAAAAAUAAAAUAAAACUCAAUAAGAACAACAAGAGUCUAUGCCACUCCAGAUGGAUAUGGCUAAGGUGAUGGGGCUACCUCUCCCCCCCAGCUCCUAGUCAAGGACUUCAGUAUUUUCCUGAGAAGAACAGAAUGCCAGCAUUUCUUGUCACAUUCCUCCCCCCGACACUUGUUCACAGGCUAAAUUAUGGAUGCCUGUGGUGCUUCAUGAAGAAUAUUUCCAGAUAUAUCACAGACAUUAAGCCUUUGCCUCCCAACAUAAAAGAUAGACUGAUUAAAAUAAUGAGUACCCAGGGGCAGAUAACAGAUUCAAAUAUAAGUGAGAUUUUACAUCCUGAAGUCCAAACACUAGAUCUACGAAGCUGUGACAUUUCAGAUACUGCUCUCCUACACCUGUGCAACUGCAGAAAAUUAAAGAAAUUAAAUAUAAGUUCCUCAAAAGAAAACAGAAUUUCUAUAACUUCAAAAGGAAUAAAAGCUGUGGCUUCCUCUUGUUCAUACCUCCAUGAAGCUUCUUUGAAAAGAUGCUGCAAUCUUACUGACGAAGGAGUCCUUGCUCUUGCACUCAACUGCCGGCUGUUAAAGAUCAUUGAUUUAGGUGGCUGUUUAGGAAUUACUGAUGUGUCCUUACACGCAUUGGGAAAAAACUGCCCAUUUUUGCAGUGUGUUGAUUUUUCAGCCACUCAGGUAUCUGAUGACGGUGUGGUUGCUCUUGUUAAUGGACCUUGUGCCAAGAAAUUAGAGGAGAUUCAUAUGGGACAUUGUGUGAAUCUGACUGAUGAGGCUGUAGAAGCUGUCCUUACUUGCUGUCCUCAGAUACGUAUAUUACUCUUCCAUGGAUGCCCCCUAAUAACAGAUCAUUCACGAGAAGUCCUGGAGCAAUUAGUAGGCCCAAACAAACUAAAGCAAGUGACGUGGACUGUUUAUUGAUGCUUAUUGAAGCUUAUCAAAGCAAUGAUCUUCAUACUGCAUUCCCAGGAAACAAUGGUUUUAAGAGAUUGGCUUUCCAAUAAUGUGGUUUUUGCUUUGAAGUUAACAGACUCUUAAACAUUUUAAUAGUGCAUUA